AAGACUUUUUCUUCAUCUCAUUUCAUGACUAUAUAUUGUGCUAGUUUUGAUCUAUGUAUUUGAGAUUGUUUUAUUUGGCAAUAAUAUCUUUAGGGUGUCAUUUUUUCAUACCUCUGUGUUAGACCAAAACUAUUGAUUACCAAAUAGUUCAAUGUGUAUGUUUAGUUUUAUUAAUCCACUUGUUUGAUGCACAUCACCACAUUUUUAUUAUGAGUGUGAGUUUUAGUAUUUUAACUAUGGUAGGAUUAGUUUUGAUUAUUUGGGAACUUUUUCUUGUAUAGACAAUUAGGUGAUUUUUGUUUUAUCUUUUGAUUCUAUGUUUAGUCAAUGAACAUGUUUUUGAUUUUACAUAUGUAUUUGAUGAUACAAAUGUGUAUUUGGAUUUUCUUUGGGAGCUUGGCUAUAUAAAGAUUCUAAAUUCAUGUUUUAUUUUAUGAGACAGAGAGAUCUGCUGGUUUUCACAUACUUUACUUCUGAGAACUAAGCAUGGAUUGGGUAGUUAAAGCAUCUGCUUGGGACAUGGCUGGUUUAGGUGAAGAGGACAACUCCCACUUUAUUGCACUAGGUGGAUCUAGUAGCUUAGUUGGUGGGAAGAAUGGAGGAGGUUUGCUACAUGAUUUGGGGCUAGGUAGAUUAGGAGAUUUGCAAGAUGGAUCCAUGGACAUAAUAAAGGAGCGAGAUGGUUUAAAAACGCUGUUAUUACCUUUAGAAAUGAAGAAGACACAUGCACUGAGUUGUGUGAAAAAGGUAACUUGUUUAGUGGAUGGGUGCUCGUCAGACCUCAGUAAGUGCAGGGAGUAUCAUCGGCGCCAUAGAGUUUGUGAGUGUCACUCAAAGACCCCUGUUGUGAUAAUCAAAGGCAGAGAGCAAAGAUUCUGCCAGCAAUGUAGCAGAUUCCAUUCUCUUGGGGAGUUUGAUGAUGUGAAGAGGAGUUGUAGAAAACGUCUAGAUGGUCACAACCGCCGUCGAAGAAAGCCUCAGCAAGAGGCUUUGUACAUGACUUCACAGAACUUUCUAUCAGAUUACAAAGGUGGGGGCUGGUUGCAGUUCAGUAGUCCACAGGCAUACGGAAGUAGUACAAAUAUCAACAGUGGCAUUAGUAUUAGUUGGCCAGCCAACAACAGUAACAACAAUCAACGGUUGCAUUCUAGCCUGAAAAAGGCUUUCAAUGGAACAGAUAAAGAAUUCUCAUUUUUGACAGACACUAACUCUAGAAAGGGCAUCUACUGGAAUCCAGAAGCUGCAAUCACGCAAAAAGUUGUCAACUCCGAAGGCACUUCUGCAAGCAACUGCAGGAACAUCAUUGUAUCUGAUAAAUUGACACACUUGGAGGAAUCCACGUGUGCUCUCUCUCUUCUGUCAACAAACCAAAUACAAGCGGCAAAAACUAUAAUGAAUCCCUCUGCAUACCAGCAUGAUGCAUUCCACUCAAGUCAGCCUACAGGCAUCAAUCUGCAAUUUGAUGAAAUGUACCCAUACUCAUAUCCAAGAAUCAUGGAGGAUAAACCAAUCCGUGCAGGUGCAAUUUCUGAUGGCAACAAUAUCUUUGAUUGCAGCAUCAAUGGAAUAUCACAGCUGUGUUCAAAUGAGCUGUAUGAGCAAGAGCAUCACAACUCAUUCCCGUGCAAGUAGGGUGUUUCUAGCUCACUCCUUUAUGUGUUGCAAGUGAGCUAUAUAACUUCUCAUCCCAGUGUUAUUAGACAAUGGCAUCGCAGCUUCUCUCUUUUUCUAGGAAGUCGCUAUAAUUACUAGCUCAAGCCUCAAAGUGUAAAUGACAUCGGGCAUAACUGCUAAAGGUUAUACCAACCCUCAGUUUGAUUUUUCGUUUUUGGCUGUUAAAAUUAUUGCUGUCGCACUUUUUAUGAAAUAGAUAGUCUUGUUAUGUGUUGCUGUAGUUGAAUACCUUUAAUUGUCAUUUCCUCUUCACUUUUAUAUAUCAAAGCACACCAUGAUUUGGGCAAGUGUGGCUGCUUUAGACUGUCUAUUUUACUUGUGCAUGGUGGCCACAAAUGUCAUACACUCUUUCCUGGAAUUUCAUUUUAAAAUUGAGAUGUCAAUUUAAUAGGAGUCUUUAUAGGCUCUUUCAAAAUAAUAAAAAAGAUGGUACAUGAAGUACAAGUGAACGAAGCAAAGCGACUCCGUCAGAUAUUUAAACAAAAAAUGGAGAUGCGGGGUAUCGAACCCCGUACCUCUCGCAUGCAAAGCGAGCGCUCUACCAUGUGAGCUACAUCCCCAUGUGCAAGGCUUCUACACAAAUUCAUAAUAACCCUAUUCUAGAAACAAGCCGCAGUUGUUGACAGUUGACAGUAACAACCUCCCUCCAUCCCUCCCUCCAGUUUUUGCGAAAAUCAAUGCAGAUAUACAUACACACACAUAUACACACAGACCUCACCCCUUAUCUUCUUCACUACAUUUUAUCUCGCUAUAUAUACACACAACACCACCCCUUAUCUUCUUCACCACGCAAAAUUUAAACAAAAAUGGCAUCUCCCAUUUCAUUACAACAACAACAACACGAAGACGAUCAGAACCGCGUCUUCUACGACCUCUGUACCAUGAUCAUCCACAUUCUCGGAUCGCCGCCUCUUCCUAUUCCCUUCCCGUCGCUCUUCGCCACCGCGUCGCUGUCGUCGUCUCCCGCCACUUUCGCGUCGCUGUUCCUGGGCAUCUCCUUGGCUCUCAUGGUGUUUGGGUCGCUCAUAUUUUUCAUCGGCCUUGUUUUGUUGCCAUGCGUUGUUGGGCUGCUCGUCUUGUUUUAUUUCGUUGAUGGGCUCUCUAAUUUGUCCGCUUUGGGCCGGGCCUUUCUUUCCCCACCUCCUUCAUCUAAAGCAUGGAAACCUUUAUGAGGCCGAGACACCACAUCAAGAUUCCAGGAUGGAGCCAAUCAGCUAAAAAUAGUGUAUCACAAAACAAUAAAAAUUUUCAAUUAUAAGGUAGUGUACUAUUGCCUUGCCCUCACAUAGAGUGCCAGACUCGGAAGUAGGAAAUAGCUUUAGAUGAAUAUACAUAUCGAGCUUUAGAGGGCACUUUCUGCUUUAGGCUCAUAUAUGUUAUGUGUUAUUUACACGGUUCUUUUUAGCAGACUGUAGGAGAAAAUUUGUUUUAUUUUGUAUGGUGUGAUGGCAAAUCAUUUGGUUUCCACGAGAAUUCGUUGAACAAGAUGCUUAUCAUUAUUCCAAUAGAUCUUUAAAGUUACGUUGGGCAUAAUUGAAUUUAAUGUUAGUAUAGUUGAUAUAAUUACCAACUAGUAUGCAAAGAUGUCAGUUAUAGGCUCACAGCUUUGAGAAAUGAGAAAACAGAAUUUAAAAACCAGUUGAGAUCUCAGGUUCCUUGUCGAUAUUGGUACGCGCUAUGCACAACCAAUUCAAAUUCUAACACCUGGUCUUUGACUUGGAGUUGGACAAACUAACUAGAGCAGCCAGGCGAAAACCUUAUAUUAUAGGAUUAUAGUCAAUUUACUUGCUUAAAAAUGUUGCAAUUGAACCUACAUUGUAAAUGCCAGACUGAUCUAGGUAAGUGUUAUUAUAGACUUAAAUCUUGUAUAUCAAUUCUUUUCUGACUUAAGAGGAUGGGAUAUGGGGAUCGAACCUCAGUUUAUAUCAAGAAGAGGAGUACAGGGAUAUAACUUUUCCACUACUGAUCAUCAUAGUAAAUACAGUGUAAGGGUCAUCUUUUAUUAUAUGUGACCAUGUGUGCAGUGUGAUUUCUGGGACAACCCACCAGCUGAUAAAAGAGAACUCAAGGAGUACGCGGUUUGUGCCUGGUUUUAGCACUUUCAACUUUACAGAUAAAAUGCUUUUCCCCCAACUAAUAGUUUAUGGACAUGAUAAAGGGUCAUCAGCGACGAUUUAUUGGAUUUUUGUCUAGGGAAAUAAAGUUUACUUCUUUAUAACUCCAUUAAGUAAAGUCCCAUCCCCUUCAAUAUGUAUAUACCUUUCCUCCCUUUUAAUCCCACUGUCUUUGUUUUGUCCUCAAGUUUAGCAUCAUCAUACAUUUUCUCCUUCUUCACUAAGAAAAACUAGCAAGUAAGCAUCUCCCUACAUAUAAAGUAGCUCUAUCACCUUCUACUUGCUAAAGUCCAUAACCUAAGAGACGCCCGUCGUUGAUUAAGCUCUUUAUCCGACUCCAAACCACACUUGCACAUAUCUACACGGGCACAAAUAAAUAUAUAUUGAUAGAGAUAUGACUGAUUGGGGACCUGUUGUGGUGGCAGUGGUGAUGUUCAUUGUGUUAUCGCCGGGGUUGCUGUUUCAGUUACCAGCAAGGAACAGGGUGAUGGAAUUUGGGAACAUGUACACCAGUGGGAUUUCCAUCUUGGUUCAUGCUGUCCUUUACUUUUGUAUUUAUACCAUCUUGAUUGUUGCCAUCGGAAUUCACAUACGUACUCAAUGAUCCGGUCAAUCACAACUAGAUAUUACAUCUAUUUCUGGUUCUUCCUUCCAACUGUGUUCAUUUUUGUUUUUUGUUUUGUCUCAACUUGUUGGUGACUAAAGUUUCGCUCCCAAUAGGCUUGUUAGUUGUUACUGUAAAACGGGGUAUUAUGGAUGCCAAACAAAAUCAUCCGCCAUGCUCUUGUUUACCUAAAUUUGUUGUUAAAGAGUUUAAUCAUAUUAUGAAAUUUGCAGACCAUCAUACUUA